AUGAUGCUGGUUCUCUGUCAACUUGAGACUCAGAGCAACUUCACCUUCGUGAACUCAUCAUCACCUCAACCCCACAGAGACCAAGAGGAGCAUCUCCAGAAAAUCUGGGGCCUUCAGUCCAGGACUGUUGUCCAGAACUCCAAAGUCCUCAACAAUCCCUCGGUUCCUCUAUCGAAGCAGAGGCUUUGGGAAAUCCCCAAGUCCAAGUCCAACCCAUCGGUAAAAAUUAAGCUUCAGCCCACCACGAACGUUCAAGGACUCUCCAAACCGUCGAGGUUGUUCAGCUGGGGCGACUUUUACUCCAACAUCAAAACCGUCAAGCUGAAUUUGCUGAUAAUGGGGAAGAUCGUGGAUCACGGCAACGGCUCUCUCGGCGUCUACUUCCGUCACAACUCCACGGGUGUUGGCAACGUGUCGGUCAGCCUGGUCCCGCCCAUGAAGGAGGUGGCGUUCGACCUGGAGCGCCAGAGCGUGGUCCACCCCAAGGAGUCGAAGACGUUCAACUGCAGGGUGGACUACGAGAAAACCGAACGCAGCAAGAAGGUGAUGCUGUGCAACUACGACCCGUCGAAGACGUGCGACCAAGAACAAACCCAGAGCCACAUCACCUGGAUGUGCUCCAAGCCUUUCCAGGUCAUCUGCGUCUACAUGUCGUUCUACAGCACGGAUUACAGGCUGGUCCAGAAGGUCUGUCCGGACUACAGCUCCCAGGUCCCACCCUACCUGCCCACAGGGUAAACAUGGGGCCAGGUGACGAGGAUGAAGGGAGGAUGCAGUUUGAGCCGUUCAAAACUUUAUCCUAAAAUAUAUGGAAUGCUGUUUGUACAGUAAGUGAGUCAAAUAUUAACAGCAAUAAUUUGGAUUAUUUAGCCUGUUAUAAGCGGGGAAAAUAGGUUUUCUUUCCAUAUUCUCACCAUAUUAUUCAUUCACUUAUAAAUGUCCCAGUUUCAAAGUAAAUAUUCAUUUAGCAAGUUACAUAUUUAGUUUACUAACUAGAUAUUUAGACCCAAACAAAAGAUUUAGCUUGCUAACAUUUUAAUAUUUAGUUUGGAACAAAAUCUUUAGCUUGCUAACUUCUUAAUAUUUGUUUGGAACUAAAUAUUUAGUUCGGAGCUUACAAGCUAAAUAGCUUUAUAGCUUGUAAGAAACAACCUACCUAAAUAUUAGCAUGUUAGCUCACUAAUGUGCUAAUAUUUUGCUAAUAUUUAGCUUGGAGCUAAACAUAAAUUAAAUAUAUAGCUUGGUCGUUAAAUAUUUAGCUAAAUAGUUUGUAAACAACAUAUUUAGCAUGCCAACUUGCUAAAACUUUAGCUUGGAGCGAAAUAUUUAGCUUGCUAACUUGUUAAUAUGAGCUAACUAUAAGUUUGGGAGCUUAAUAUUUAGCUAGCUAACUUACUAAUAUUUAGUUAAACUAAACAGUUUGUAAAAAAACAUAUUUAGCUUGUUAACUUGCUAAUAUUUAGCUCAGAACAAAUAUUUCACUGAUAAGCUAAAUACUUAGCUUACUAGCUUAAUAGUAAGCUAAUUAGCUGGUAAAUAUUAGUUAGCUAAACGUUAGCUUACUAUUAUUGA